CAACAUCCCUGCUUGUAUCCAAACUAGAGAUACUAUUGCUCUUUGCUUUCAUUAUUUUUAAAUUACUUUCUUGAUCAAGGUUUGGACAUUUUUGGUAUGUCCUGUUUGAGGCAGCAGUGAAAAAUCGCGGGAAAUUAAUGCACAAAAAAGUAGACAGCGACAAAAGGGACUUCAAAGGUCCGGAAAUGUCGUGUGACGACUGACGAGGGCAAAAAAACAACAACAAAACAAUCACACGAGGCUGUCUUUGUUUUCCAAACUAGCUAAGUAAACCUACUUAAGUAUUUAUUUGAUGACAUGUUGUAAAAAUGAUGACAUUUCUUGCCUGUAUUUAACACAGCACAAAACUAUAUAAAACCAUGGACUGAUAUCAUGAAAUAAGCCAAUAUUACACAUUUGAACUGAGUGUAUCAGUUCUAUUGACGGCAAUAGACGUCCGCUACAACUGUCCAACGCAAAAUGGAUUGGACAUCUGUCGCCGUCAAUGGCAGUCCAUCUAUUUAGUGCUCCCCCCAAAGUGGUCAACAAUAGACUGAAUCUUUUUAUUGAACGAACGCUUAACCAAGCACUUUAAUACAAAAGCUAACGAAUUAACCCCCCCACCACAAAGUCACAGAUUGUACUGUUGAAUGUGAGUACAGAAUAGCAACGCCUCAAGUGGACAAAAAUAGGGUGCGGACCUUUCGAUCUGCAUUCUCUCAAAAUAUUUCAGUUUAUUUACAGUUGGGCUGCAGCUAUCGAUUAUUUUAGUAGUUGAUUAAUUGAUGAGCUAGUUAGUUCGAAUAAUCGAGUAAUCGGAUAAGUAACAUAAAAGAAUUAAAAUACCUUGGCUGAGCCUCAAACGGUAUACAAAAAUAAAUAUAUAAGGAUCUAUGUACAACAAAAGAACAAUUGGCUAACUUACAUAGCAAAAGUCCGCUAGCUUCAUUGCUAUAAAAUACUUUUUUUUUUUUUUUAAUGCUCUUAACAAAUGGUUCAGACACAUUACCACAAAAAUUGGCGAAAUAUACCUUUAAACUAAAUUAUAAAUGCAUUAAAAGAGACAUUAGCUCAAACAAAAAAGCUUAUGCUCGUCUUAACAGGGAGCAGAUGGAUUCACCCAUGUUAAAUGAGGCAGACUAGAGGGCUGUAUAUCCACCCCAAUCAAUAAAAUUAAAUGUACACACUUUCAAAACAAACCUUUACAACGCCACUCUAAUUAAACGAAUACUCGAAGCAGCAAAAUGUAAUUCGAAUCUUUUUUUCCAAAUCGAAUACUCGAGUUAAUCGAUUAAUCGUUGCAGCACUAAUUUAUAGUAGUAUAUACAAACCGCAUUGUUUAAACAUCAACCCUAAAACUAUUCAUUCAAAUUCAUCCCUGCCUCAAAGGUUGGAAAACACCGCUGUAGGAUGCUUCAGCUCGGAAGCCUAUUGACCCAGUUUCAUGUCAGCGGCUGCACAGCUCCAAAGAGUUCAGGAUGCCAGAAAGUGCAGCAAACACUAAAUGAAUUCCUUCAACAUGUCAGGAAACUCACCGGGUUGAGGAAGGAGUACAUCUACUGCAAUCUGCGGAUUCCCGACCAGUUUCAAGUUGUGAAAGAUGAUAUUAACAUUGUCAUUCUCACAGGCCAUGGAGUCUUCUGCAUGGACAUUAAACCCUGGCAAGGUCUGGUGUCCGCUCAUGACCAAAAUUGGCACAUUCAAGUGAAAGAAAAAGAUCAGAACUUAAGCAACACCUGCAUCCAGCAAAUUGAGGAUCCCAUCAAGGCAAUCAUGAUCAAGACAUCUCAUUUAUGCGACCUUCUGAGGAGGAGUGGCAUGCUCGUGCACCAGAACCUAUUCCACCCCAGGGUGGUUUUCCCUUCACCAGAGUGCGAGCUCUCCAAUGGGCUUCGAGAGCGGCGGGAACUAGUACCCCAUGACCAAGUUGACCAUUUCCUGAGAUCUUUCAGGGAAGACUAUGUGGCCUGGAUGUUGGAUGCACUGACUCCUUCCUGGCUCUCUGGUCAUUUGUCGUACAGGCAGAUAAAGUCAGCACAGGAGGUCCUGAGGCACUCGGGGACAUGGGAUCUUAUAUGGCUUCACAGUGGUGAGCAGCUCAAAGGCGACUUUCAGGGAUGCCGCUUCAUUGCGCUGGACCGCAGUGAGACCGACAAGCUCGAGUUCUCCACACUCAAGACAAUGUGGGCCUUGCUUGGCCACACCCCUCAGGUGACUGUCAAAAUGUACAAGCGCGGUUCCGAUGGUUGGUUGGGGAAAACACUGAGCGCCACCACCACUGUCCCCUCUGACACCAUGGUGAUCUUCAGAGUCAGCGGCGAAGAGGCAGACACCAAGAUCCCGGCCAACGCCAUUCACAGCAUUACACUCAGUAUAUAGGAUACCUAAGUUGAACACUAGAAGCCGAUUUUGGCUUAAAACUAAGAGCAGAGUACUUAUAAGAUGUUAUAUUUUAAACAGUUUAAAAAAAAAAAAAAAAGUUUUUUUCGAUACGCUUCUCAGCGACUAUAUUACAUUAUAUUUAGUUUAAUUCACGAGUUCGCGUUUGUUUUAUGAGGUGUCAGUUUUGUGCUUUCAACGACUCCCAACCUACUAGUGUCAUUACGCCUCUGUGGGAGAUCAGGAAGGUGUAAAUUACUCCUAUUUUACUUAUAUUGUCCAAAUUAUUUGCUUACUAAAUGAACUGAAUGUUCAGUCACAUUUUUCCCUAAUACAAAGUAUGUGCAUUGGCUCAGUCAAUGUUGGAAAACACUAAUUUAAACUCAGGAUCGCAAGCCCACAAAUUGCAAGGCAACAUUGGAUCGCUUGAAAAAUCCUAUGUACUUUAAAAUCAGAAAUUUAAAAGACGUUAUAGAUGGCUAAUAUUAUGUUUAAAAACUGUCAAGCAACACUACCUCUUCAUAAUAUUUAACCUUUAUUUACGAUCAAUGUAUUUAGCCGGCUUAUGCUAAAGUGUAUACAUUUUUGUAAAAUAGUUACGAUACUUUCCCUCCCUUAAUAAUACUUGUGUAUACACACACACACACACACACAUAUAUAUAUUUUUUAAUCCUACUAAACUGUAAAACAACUCAUAACCUUGAAUUUAGUGUUCCACAGACGUGAAGCUAAAUGUUAGUAUAUAAAGAAAAAAACAUUUAAAAAAAAAACAAAAAAAAACUGCAGGUAGUCCCCAGGUUACGACUUACGCGAUUUCAACUUUACGAAGCCGGAGUCUCGUCCGCUAUUCUGUCUCUAGCUUUUUUUUUUUUUUUUUUUUUUUUUUUUUUUCCAAAGUUGAGUAAACAGUAUCUAGUUGUUGCUAUGUCAGGGUCCCCUCCGCCAGAGGUGACGGUGUCAGGUGCAAUUUCCUUGCGCUCGUGCUGCUGCUGACCCCUCUUGCGAGUCCUGAUCCAUUUUUUUGAGUUCGGACAGCAGGCUCCCGUUAAGAGAAGCAACGCUGGCAACCCGAGCGGCAACAAUAUCCCCCUCUCUCUUGCCUCCCUGCUGUUUCCACAGCGCCCUUUUCUCCCAGCAAGGCGGCUCAUAUAAUGGCAUUUAACACAACGCACAGUGGGCUGAAAAAGUAUCUGAACCUUAUCGAAUCUCAUAUUUCUGCAUAAAAUCACCAUCAAAUGUGAUCUGACCUUUUUUAAAAUCACACAGAUGAAAAAAAGUUUGCUUCAACUAAAAACCACCCAAAUAUUUAUAGGUUUUCAUAUUUCAAUGAGGAUAGUAUGCAAACAAGGACAGAUGGAGGAAAACUAGUGAACCAUCACAUUUUUUAUUUUGUGCCCCCCCCCCCCCCCCCCUUGGCAGCAAUAACUUCAACCACACGCUUCCUGUGCCUGCAGAUCAGUCUAGCACAUUGAUCAGGACUAAUCUCGGCUUAAAUUUCUCAACAAAACUGCUGUAGUUUAGUCAGAUUCCUGGGAUGUCUGGCAUGAAUUGCUGUCUUUAGGUCAUGCCACAGCAUCUCAAAGGGGUUCAAGUCUGGACUUUGACUUGGUCACUCUAGAACGUGUAUUUUGUUUUUCUGAAACCAUUCUGAAGUUGAUUUACCUCUGUGUUUUGGAUCAUUGUUUUGUUGCAGCAUCCAUUCCUCUUUUUAGCUUCAAGUGUCAGACGGACGGCCUCAGGUUUUCCUACAAAACAUCCUGAUAAACUUCUGCAUUUAUUCUUCCAUGAAUGAUUGCAAGUUGUCCAGGCUCAGAGUCAUUAAACAGGCCCAAAUCAUGAUGCUCCCUCCAUCAUGUUUCAGUUUGGGGAUGAGGUGUUGAUGUAGGUGAGCUGUUCCAUUUUCCCUCCACACAUUGUUGUGUGUUACUCCCAAACAAUUGAACUUUGGUUUCAUCAGUCCACGAAAUAUUUUGCCAGAACUUCUGUUGAGUGUCCCAAGUGCCUAUUUGCAAACAAUAAACGAGCAACAAUUUUUUUUUUUUUUUAGACAGCAGUGGCUUCCUCCGUGGAGUCCUCCCAUGAGCACCAUUCUUGGCCAUAGACAGACACACUAGGGUUCUUUUUUUUACCUCAGUAUUCUGCGCUGAACUCUUGGCAUCAUCUUUGGUAGACGGCCACUCCUUGGGAGAGAAGCAACAGUGCUACACUCUCUAUUUGUAGACAACUUCUCUGACUGUCGAUUGAUGAACAUCAAGACUUUUAGAGAUGGUUUUUGUAUCCUUUCCCAGCUUCAUACAAGUCAACAAUCCUUGAUUGCAGGUCUUCCGACAGCUCUUUUGACCGAGCAAUGAUGCACAUCAGACAGUGCAUCUCAUCAAGACAAUUCUUACCUGGUAUGUGUUUUAUAGUUGGCAGGGCAGCUUUAAACCACUUAUGAGUGAUUGGGCACACACCUGACUUAAAUUGUUUUAUAAAAAUUGGUUUCAGUUGCUCUUUGUCUCCUUAGGCAGAGGGUUCACUUACUUAUUUUCACCCUUAUGUCAUUGUUUGCUUGCUGUCCUAAAAAUAUGAAAACCUAUAAAUGUUUGUGUGGUUUUAGGUAAAGCAGAGAUUUUGACAAAGAUCAGAUCACAUUUGAUGAUUUUAUGCAGAAAUUUGAGAAACUCCAAAAGGUUCAGAUACUUUUUCAUACCACUGUGCCUCAUAGUAUGACGUAUAAUACAUGUUUUGGGACAGUUAUUUUGUAUUUAGGGGUAUUAAAGGGUUAAUUCAGAUUUACACAGAAAUUCGGGUUACAUCGCAAUCCGAGGAACGGAACUUGUUCGUAAUCCAGGGACUACCUGUAUUUAGUUGUUUGUACACUCUUUGAAUUGUGAUGAUUUACAUCUUAAUUACCUCAAUGAAGUGUUUUCUACCCCACACAGCACUUUUUUUUUUUUUUUACACUUAGUGGUUAUGUAUGGAUUGUACAACUUUUAGUUGGUUAGUCAAUGGAGUGGUAAUGUGUGGUUGGGUGCAUGCAAGUUUCAUAUGUACAAUAUGUAAAGUCAUAAUUAAAAGCAAUGUAAAUGACUGGGGUUUUCUUAGGGGGGUGUAAUUGAGCAGAGUUGGUUUACCGCAAGCGGUUUGGUGGUUCAUUGUGUGCUUUUCACAUGCAAGUUGUCUAAUUUGAAAGCAAGCAGUGCAUUUCCAGGACGGUAAAUGGAUGAGAUGAGCCUAAGGGUGUGACAAGCUAUCAAGGUAGAACUUCGCUGAAGACUGGUCCACUGGAAGUGGAAGUGCUGGUCAACUUCAAAAAACUAAAUAUUUUAUUAAGUUAGGAGAAAUCUUUAGUUGAAUUCUUUGCAAGUCACUUUGCUGUAAAAUUCUGGUUUGAAUAUUAAAGCGUAUUCGUAAUGAGUUUGUUUGACAUUGUC